CGCGGGUCCAUACUGUCGCAAACCAUGCCCGCCAACGAAGAUACCUCCAACGAAACGUUGGAGCGGAUAGAGCCCGGAAGAAUGAGUCCCGCACCGUCUCAGCGAAAGGUGUCCGGAGGAUUGCAGGACUCCGCGUCUCUGCUCCUCCCGGAAGUGACGGUCGACGACGAUCCGGAAUGCAGCUUGACUGACAAACGGAACUUUCGCAGCGUACCUCGUCGAGAUAUUCACGAGAAGCUCUUCAGGGAUUUCUUCGAGAUCGUGUUGCAACAAGCGGUGUUCCAGUCUACUUCCGGCGAGGAGCGGGUGGUGGAAUGGGUGAAUCCCAUGGAUCUGCGCUCCGUCGUCGACCUCUCGCUGCCAGCCGAAGGCAUCAGCCACGAGGAGCUGCUGACGUUGACGUGUAACGUCAUCAAGUACAGCGUGAAGACUGGCCAUCCGCAUUUCGUCAAUCAGCUCUACUCCAGCCUGGAUCCGUACGGCCUACUCGGCCAAUGGCUCACCGACGCUCUCAACCCGUCCGUCUACACCUACGAGGUGUCUCCAGUGUUUUCUCUCAUGGAGGAAGAUGUGCUGCGGGAGAUGCGUCGCAUAAUCGGCUGGCAGGGCGGCGAGGGCCUCUUCUGCCCAGGCGGCUCCAUGGCGAACGGAUACGCCAUCAACCUGGCGCGCCACUAUAGGUAUCCGAACUUAAAGCAGACCGGACUGUCGCAGAUACCGCGGCUGGUGAUCUUCACGUCGGAGGACGCGCAUUACUCCGUGAAAAAGCUCGCGGCGUUCCAGGGUAUCGGCUACGACAACGUGUACUUGGUCAAGGUCGACUCCAAGGGCAAGAUGGUGGUAUCCGACUUAGAGGCGCAGAUCGUCCGCGCCAUCGAGGAGGGUGCCACACCGUUGAUGGUGUCCAGCACCGCGGGUACCACUGUAAUGGGCGCGUUCGAUCCGCUGAAGGACAUCGCCGAGGUGUGCAGGAAGUACUGCUUGUGGUUCCACGUGGACGCCGCCUGGGGCGGCGGUGCUCUCGUUUCCAGGACGUAUCACGGUCUUUUGGACGGCGUCGAGCUCGCCGACUCGGUCACCUGGAAUCCUCACAAACUGCUCGCCGCGCCUCAGCAGUGCUCCACCUUGUUGCUCCGUCACGAAGGUUUAUUGCAAUCGGCGCAUGGCUGCGGCGCGAGCUAUCUCUUCCAGAACGAUAAGUUCUAUGAUGCGUCCUACGACUGCGGCGACCGGCAUGUGCAGUGCGGUCGACGGGCGGAUGUGGUCAAAUUCUGGUAUAUGUGGAAGGCGAAAGGCACCCGCGGUCUCGAGGCGCACGUGGACCGCGUGUUCGCGCUUUCGCGCUACUUCGCGGACCUCGUGAGAACGCGUGAUGGCUGGCACUUGCUCGCCGAGCCGGAGUGCACUAACGUCUGCUUCCGCUACGUGCCGCCGUCGAUGAGAGACUUGACCGGCCCACAACUGGACCAAGCGAUGCACAAGGUGGCGCCGAUGAUCAAGGAACGCAUGGUGCGCGCUGGGACGAUGUUGAUGACAUAUCAGCCGCUCAGGGAGAUGCCCAACUUCUUCAGGCUCGUGCUGCAGAACUCGGGAGUGACCGAGGCGGACAUGCAGUUCUUCGUGGAUGAGAUAGAAAGGCUCGCCGCGGACCUCUGAUCGGUUCGAUUCAAAUUGUAGAUGUUGUAAAUAGCGGCUUAGCGAUAAGACAUACAUGUAUCAUAAGGAGCUUGCUUUCGCCAUGCGGCUACGUACGACGCGAGAACGUUUGGAGUCGCAGAAGCAGUGGUGCCAGAACGCACACACGGGAGCCAUCUUUUCCACUCCGGGGGAAAAAAAUCAUAUGUGAAAUUUAUCCAUAUAUGACUAUAUGUAUAAUCAUAUACGUCCGCAACGA